AUAUCGCCACCCCAAACAUCUGUCUUUGGUCAGCUCUAGCUCUGUGGAGGCGUGCCGCAUAACAUGCACAGGUAUUUGCUGAACAUUUCGUAUAUCGGCACGACUUUUCGUGGUAUCCAGAAGACGGUCAAUAAAUCGGAGCAGUCUCACCUGGACACGAACUCAAUUCAAGGGUGCCUCGAGCUGGCCUUGCGGACUUUUCAUCCCACGAACGAGAUACAGACCGUGUUAUCCAGUCGAACAGACGCUGGUGUUCAUGCGCUUCACUCGACCGUGCAUGUGGACCUAGAGCGCCCCAAUGGACUGCCUUACGACACCACCACGCUGACGGGGGUGCUUAACCGCACGCUCGCCAAACAGCGGCUUCCCAUCCGAGUGCUCAGCAGCCAGGUAGUGUCAGAAUCCUUCCACUGCCGCUACCACGCCGUUGGCCGCACCUACCUGUACCGCUUUGCCGUGGCCAAGAAUCCGUCCUCGGGGGACGACAAUCUCCGGAACAAGGCGUUCGAGGCGUUUACGCCCGUGGAGGAAAUCGAUCGGUGUUAUUUUCUGCAAUCCCCCAGCUUUGACAUUAAUCGAGUACGAGCUGCGGCGCGAAUGUUCAUCGGCACCCACGACUUCCGCACUUUCAUGAGCGUCAGCCGCCAGAAAGGACCUAGUCGAGAUCACCCCAUGUUCACGGUGCGCAAAAUCGACGAGAUCAAUAUACAUCCGGGUAAGCCUCUUGCCCUGGCCGCGAACGCCACUCUGGCCACGGAAACCUACGACUAUUGGGACAUCGAGAUCAAGGCCAAAUCGUUUCUGUACAAGCAAGUGCGGCGCAUUGUGGGCGCUUUGAUUGCCUUGGGCAGCGACCGCAUCGACGAGAGGUGCAUCUACCAGAUGCUCACCAUUCCCUCAAAGAACUCGUGGAAUCACCGGGUGCUCCUGGCGCCGGCCUGCGGGCUCUACCUGUGCCGUGUUCACUAUCGAGGAGCGGACAACUAG